AUGUGGCAUUUGGACACCGGGCAUAGCAACCACAUGUGCGGAGACAAGAAGACAUUUUCUGAAUUGGAUGAAAGCUUCCGCAAUACCGUCAAGUUCGGUGAUGACUCUGUUGUAUCUGUCAUGGGAAAAGGCAAUNAUCAAGGCAAUGUGAAGGCAAAAAGGGUACAACUCCAAGGACUCCGAACUGAAUUUGAGACUUUCCGUAUGAAGUCAGGAGAGGCAGUUGCAGAUUUCUUUUCAAGAACUAUGGCAAUUGCAAGCAAGAUGAGAAUCCAUGGAGAGCAAAUGCAGGAUGUCACCAUUGUUGAGAAAAUCCUUCGAUCAAUGACACCGAAAUUUAAUUUUGUUGUCUGCUCUAUCGAAGAAUCGAAGGAUAUUGAUGAACUCUCCAUUGAUGAAUUGCAAAGUUCUUUGUUAGUUCAUGAGCAGAAAAUCAUCCAGCAGGACAAAGAAGAGCACGCGCUGAAAGCAACCACAGAUAAUCCUUCUAGAACAAGUGGAGGUCGAGGCAGAGGCCGAGGUCGGAGUAGGGGGAGAGGAAGCUACAGUCGAGGUAAUCAACAGUACCAUCAGUUGAAUGAUGAUCAGUUUCAACAUAGAGGAAGGGGACGUGGAGGACAUGACUCAACAACUCAGAAACCAAAGUCAGUAGACAAAACAAAUGUUGAGUGCUAUCGCUGCCAUAGACAGAGUGCAGAAGUAUCUAACUUUGCAGAAAAGGAAGAAGAAGUUUCUUUCUUGAUGGUGUGUUAUGCAAGUGCAGAAACUCGACAAAAUAUGUGGCAUUUGGACACCGGGCAUAGCAACCACAUGUGCGGAGACAAGAAGACAUUUUCUGAAUUGGAUGAAAGCUUCCGCAAUACCGUCAAGUUCGGUGAUGACUCUGUUGUAUCUGUCAUGGGAAAAGGCAAUGUCAAUUUACAUGACAAAGAUAACUCUUUUCACACAAUUUCUAAUGUGUUUUAUGUUCCAGUUUAA